CCCAUCUGCGUACUUGGCAUUACGGCUGCAUACGUUACCACAUCCACAUUUAGUUGUCUGAUCUUCCGUAUUCCUCACCAGGCUUGCUUUUUGGAAACUCUACCGCGCCGGGGGCACUGACCAGGGAAAAUGAUGGUGCCGGAGCCGCUGAAAUCGGCGAUGACCAUCGGGAACGCGGAGGACACUUCCCUCGCGCUGCCCUCAGACGCCACACUGCGCUCGGGACAAGCGCGUGUGCUCAACCAAGUGCACACCAUCAAGCGGAGCAAGUCUAAACAAGGGAGGAAUGGCCCCCUGUCUCCAUCAUCUCCCACAAAUUUGACUUCACUGGGGCUAUCAGAGGUUGGAACAUUUAAGUUUACCCCAUUUAAAGCAAAUGGCGUGUUUUCUCGCAGCAACUCUGCUAUGACAAACUUCAACAAACCGAUAAACUCUCGGAAGUCCCGCACACUGUCGACUAAGUCCAUUGGGGGCAGAUUCAUCAGCUCCUCGGGCACCUUCGAGCAGCAGAUCAGUCCCGGUAAUUGGCCCCAAACUCCCAAUGGACUGAAGCCCAGCCGCAGUGACCCAGCCCUGGCACCGCCUCUGUCUGUGGCCCCACAAUCAAACGGCAUGAGAGCCAAAGGACAGACUGCAUCCCAACAGACAAAAGUGACCAGACACAGCGUAUACUCCCUAACCAACGGAGGACAGAUGACCACCAGCCAGACACGCGUGGGCCGCCCUCCCUCUGCUCAGUCCAAUCAUGAGUCCAAAACCACCAAAACUAUCAAGACAGAGCAGAAAACUAUUUUUACCAAUGGCGUGACAACAUCUACAUCAGAAAUGACCCUGAAAGAAGCUGUAGCAUUUCUGUCUCAUUCAGAUUUGAAUUUCCAGCAGCGUGGGGCCACUUUUAUUCAACAUAGUACUUUCAAAGAAGACCAGGCCAAACAGGAGGUUUCCCAGCUCCGUGGUGUCCCUCCUCUUGUUGCUUUGUUGAGGAGUACCAAUUCCGGGGUAAGCCAGGCUGCGGCCGGGGCCCUAAGGAACCUGGUGUUCAAAAACCAGGCCAAUAAGCUGGAGGUGCAAAGCUGUGAGGGCAUAGAGAAGGCUCUGGAUCUUCUUAAGGAGACAAACUCAACAGAGACUCAGAAACAAAUCACAGGCCUGCUUUGGAACUUGUCUUCUUCUGAUGAGCUCAAAGCAGAUCUUAUUUCGAAAGCACUCCCUGUUUUGACGAAUAAUGUUAUAGUUCCAUUCACCUCCUGGUCAGACAACACUGCCAACAACAACAUACAUCCAGAAGUCUUCUAUAACGCCACAGGCUGUCUGAGGAACUUGAGCUCUGCCGAGAAAAGUGUAAGGGAUGCAAUGAGAAAGUGCCCCGGGCUUAUCGACUCUCUGAUCAGCUACACUCAGUCCUGUGUGGCAGAGGACAACCCAGAUGACAAGUCUGUGGAGAACUCAGCAUGUAUCCUCCAUAAUUUGAGUUACCAACUGGAGACUGAAGCCCAGGAAUGCUUCUCUAAUUACUACCCUGAGGAAACAGCCCAGAAGAAAUCCUCUGCCACAACAGGCUGCUUCAGUCCCAAGAGCAGCAAAGCCCAAAAAGAAUAUUCAUUUGAUCAUAAGCCAGAGAGCACCCCCUCAGGUGUGAUGUGGUUAAGCCAUCCUAAAACCAUGCAGACGUACCUAUCUCUCUUGGCCUCAUCCCAGAAAGAUGGCACUUUGGAGGCCUGCUGCGGCGCCCUGCAGAACUUGACUGCAAGUCGGGAGGUGGGGUCUGCUGCCAUGAGUCAAAUUUUGGUUCAAAAGCUUGGGGUCUUAGAGUACAUGGCCCCUUUAUUGAAAGCAUCUAACCAGAACUUGCAGAAGACAGCUAUUUCUUUACUGAGUAACUUGUCCAGAACCAGCUCGCUUCAGUCAUCUAUGGCCAAGAAGAUUCUCCCUGAGCUCACUAGCAAUCUCGUUAGUGGACCUCGUAAGAUGGGAAACUCUGAUGAAACUACUGCCACUGUGUGUAACAUGGUGCAGAGCCUGAUAUCGGCGGACUCCGAGGUGGGAAAGAAGGCCCUCAGCUCUGAGCUAAUAUCAGCAGUGGCUGAUCUCAGUGAAGAUGGGUCAUACCCCAAAGGAAGCAAAGCAGCAGCCCUUUUGCUCUACAGUUUGUGGAACGAUAAGAGUCUGCAAGGAACUCUUAAAAAGCUGGGUUUUACCAAAGCACUUUUUGUCAAUGAAAACACAACCGCAGUUCACAAGUCUAUGCAAGUAAUUGACUAAUUCGGCUGGAUGUGCCUAGAUCCAGAAGGUAGGAUCCCCAUGUACAUGCAACAGAUUUAAGAACUUUUACUUUUAAAAGGACUUACUGUACUUAUGUGUGUGCAUGCUCACUGAUGCCCUCUGGCUGUUUUACUGUAACUGUAUUUGUAUCAUAUUUUGUAAAUAUUAUGUCAAAAUGUAAUGUGCAUCAUUACUAAUGACCCCAAGGGGUUUUGUAUUUAAUGAUCAGUGCAAAAAAGGCAUGUGGAGUUUUGAGGUUGGUUGUGUGCUGGAAUUUUUAAGUCAGGUGGUCUUGAAUCUGUCAAUACAAGCCCGAUAUUACUGUUUUACACUGUGCUGUUGUGUUGACCUCUCCACUGGGAUCGUGCAGCAAGAGGAUUCGUUUGAUUGCAACCUGAGUAGGGCUAAAGACGCUAAAGAUAAAGAGAUCGUGCUUCCUUCAGCAACAGAAUAAGUCUAGUUGGCGCGGACCCAGCCGGGUAUUCAUUUGACUACUUGACUUUUUUUUACAGUGAUGCAUCUGGAUAAUCAACAUGGACUAAGAUUUGGUCUGAUCUGUUGUUGACUCUAAACGUGACUUUAUAAUGGUCGAGACUCUCGAUGUGACUCCAACUCAAAUGCCAUUGAAAGGGUUUAGACCAGAGGUGUCCAAACCUUUUUCACUGUAUGUAGAAACAUAUUUGAAGACAGGUGUUCAGUACAGCAAGACGUUCAGAUAGAUACAUUUUCCAGACCCACAUCUCCUUUUAAACUUUUAAAAAGAACCGUUUUCAGGCCUAAUUUAAAUCUGUAUCACAAUGUUAUAAGAUAAUACAGACAGAAAUGUUAAUUUACGGUACAAAGUACUGUCUAUGAUCAUUUGGGCCAAUUAAACAGGAGGCUUGAGGCCCAACAAACAUUUUGAGGGCUGCAUUUGGCCCCUGGGGGCAUAAUUUGGAAACUUCUGGUUUAGACAAUAUCCACUUGACCUAAAGGUACACUGUAUUUUCUGAUGGGAAGUUGUUUUUUUUAAAUUUCUUUAGGUGUUAUUGCUUUGCUUGAAAGCUCUCAUAGUAUGAUAUUAAACUUAGGUUUUAUUUAUUCAUUAACAGGUGUUUUUUUUAUGGCUGAACUACACCUUGAAAAAUAAGCAGUCUGUGAGCAGGGUAGCUUCUCCACAUAUAUGACCUGUAACUUGGCCUGUCAUGAUAGCAUAUUUUAAAGCAUGAUAUAUUGCUACAGAGAUAUAUAAAGAAAAACGAUAUGCCACUGACACAAUACCAAUAAAGCAACAUAAUCACAGUAAACCAUUUUUGAGUAGACAUUAUCAUUAAAAGUCAUAAGCUGCUGCAAUGGUCAAAUUGCAGAAUGAACUCAUAAUUAGCCACAGAAGUCAAAUUUGAUCAUAUUCUACCUGUAACUUGGCCAUGUAUUAUGCCGUGUUUUAUGCCAUGCUCUGGAACAUUUCAGGCAAAGCAAUAACAUCACCACAGAGACAAGCAGGUGGCAGGUGUCUUAAUAGUUACUAGGACCAGAGCUGAAGUAUUUGCCAGCAUAUAAUUGUGCUCGAUUUUGAAUGUGCUGUAUAUAAUCGUGUAUUAGACAUAAUGCUUCCAUUUAAUACUCACAAUUCAAACAUAUGGUAAUAGCAAUAACAUUGUCAGCUGGUUUUUCACCUGUUCAUUUUAAUAUUCAGUUGGUUGUGGUUCAACUUUUUCAAUUUACAUCCGGUUAUAUAAAGUAUAAUUUUUUUUAUAAAUGCUUUCUAUUGUGUUUGUUCAGUGGUUUGUUGUUUAAGGGUCAAAUACUGGAGUCAUAGAGUUCAAUAGCAAAAACUCCUUUUAUUAAUGAAGUUUAAUAUUUGUCUUAUAAUCAGAUGUUUUAUUUUAAGCAGAGGUGAUAGGCUGAAGUUCAUUCAUUGAAAUAUGUUCAUUUGCUUUAAUACAUACAUUUAGAUACAACAUAUUGACAGACACACUUAAACUAUACACAGAAUUUGACAGUAAGUUUUGUAUUGGUAAAUGCUGCUGUCUGUCAGUAUUGCUUACAGUGCAUCUGAGUAGUGUGUAUGUAGUGUAUAAUUAAGAGGAUUCCCUGGCACAGGUCUGUACAUGGUAUGCUUUAGUUACAUGUGCUGUUAUUUGUAUAUGAUGUGACGUGUAAACCUUUGUUAACAAAAACGUGUUCACUAGAACGAAGCAGACUGGAGUAUCAUACUAUGUUAUGUAACACGGUGAGACAGAAAUGCCAUAAACAUUGCCUAAAGAACUAAUAAAAGUUUGAACAAUGCCUUCAAGCAGA